AUUAGCAAAAUAAAAUGUACUCCAAGUAAUACAAAUAUUAUAUAAUAUUUCUUGAUGUGACAUCAUUUGUGAGCGUCAAAUUGGCAGUAAAUGAAGUGCUAAUAAUGUCAAAUCAGACCUGGGGUGUAUUCACAUCCCAAGAAAUCAUUGAAUAACAGAAAAAGUUACUCGUCCUCCUCCUCCUCCUCUUCCUCCUCCUCCUCCUCCUCCUCCUCCUCACCGGUGGGAGUGGAUCUAGAAACGUCCUUCUCAGCUUUUAAACUCAGAGGUUCAUUGUAAACAGCUGGUUCAGGUCACCAGGAGCAAGAUGACGACAUACACAGAUAAAGGCGAGAAGCACGAGCAGGGCAGCUUCCUCUGCUUUGAUCACCUCACCUUCUGGGUUGGAAAUGCAAAACAGGCUGCAUCAUAUUACUGUAACAAGCUGGGGUUUGAGCUUCUGGCUUACCAGGGUUUGGAGACAGGCAGUCGUGAUGUGGUGUCUCAUGCAGUCAAACAAGGCAAGAUCGUCUAUGUGUUCUCAUCUGCCCUCAACCCUGGAAACAAAGAGAUGGGAGAACAUUUAGUCAAACAUGGGGAUGGAGUGAAGGAUAUUGCAUUUACAGUGCAGAACUGUGACUUCCUCGUGCAGAAAGCCAGAGAGCGAGGUGCAGUGAUCGUGAAGGAGCCCUGCACCCUGGAGGAUAAGUACGGAAAGGUCCGGCUGGCCGUGCUUCAAACGUAUGGUGACACCACGCAUACAUUUGUGGAGAGGAGCGGAUACAGCGGGUUGUUUCUGCCAGGCUUCGAGCCCCCUCUGUUCAAGGACCCUUCACUACCUAAACUACCAAGUGGAAAACUGAACUUCAUUGAUCACGUUGUGGGAAACCAACCGGAUGAUGAGAUGGUCCCAGUGGUGGAUUGGUAUCAAAGGAACCUUCUCUUUCACCGCUUCUGGUCAGUGGAUGACAAGCAGCUCCAGACCGAGUUCAGCGCCCUGCGCUCCAUUGUUGUGGCCAACUACGAGGAGACCGUGAAGAUGCCCAUCAACGAGCCCGCCAUGGGGAAGAGAAAGUCUCAAAUACAGGAGUAUGUGGAGUACUAUGGAGGUGCUGGAGUGCAGCAUAUAGCCAUGAACACAUCAGACAUCAUCACUGCAAUUCGUAACCUAAAGGAGCGUGGGAUGGAGUUCAUGUGUGUGCCAGACACCUACUACAAGCAGCUGAGGGAGAACUUGAAACACUCAAAGGUCAAAAUCUCAGAGGAUCUGGAUGUUCUGCAGGAGCUGAAGAUCUUGGUGGACUUCGACGACAACGGCUACUUACUCCAGAUCUUCACCAAGCCUGUUCAGGAUCGCCCCACGGUGUUCUUGGAAGUCAUUCAGAGACAAAACCACCAGGGCUUUGGUGCAGGAAACUUCAAGUCUCUCUUUGAAGCCAUCGAAGCGGACCAGCAUGCUCGAGGAAAUCUAACUGUCUUGACACCAAAUGGCGUUUCAAAGAACAUAUGAUGCUCGUUCUAUUAGUUGCUAGAAAGUUCUGUAAAGUCUCAAUAACUAUUAACUAUGAAAGGACACUUUCUGUUGAUUACUUCUCAAGAGUAUUAUACUAAUAAUGUUUCUCUAUUAUGAGAUAUACAAUACAAAGAAACAUGUUAAUUAAAGUUGUUUUUCUUUAUUG